AUGAUUCUGUCAAAUUCCAUGUGUCAAAACGUUACACUGAAGUUACCAGAGCUUGACUGUGAGACUUCAGAAGAAAGCCUUAUACAGGAUUAUGCCUCUGAUGACCUUGCGGACUGUGCAUCUGCCUGUGUGCGCUCGUGGAACUGUGCCUGCUUCUUCUUCCACCUCAUCACCAGGGAGUGUCGGCUACAUUAUACAGGAUUGUCUGUAGUUUGCGAAAAGGCUGAUGAUCAUACCGACUGGAUCGGGUAUGAUGUGCCAGAUCCCACAGGAUGUAGAGGUACAGAUGGGUAUGUCAUGUUCAGGGCUGCCCAUCUGUGCUACAAGGUCCAUACGGAGGGGCAGAACUGGAAUGACGCUCGUGACGUUUGUCACAGCGAGAACGCUGAACUCGUUACCCUGGAAACAGCCGCAAAGAAGAACGCCAUUGAAAGUUUGUUUCUAGCUGGCGAUGAGGAUAAUGGCUGGUUCCUUGGCGGUGUGGACUACAAUGGUAUUGGCUCGUGGAGAUGGGUCAGUGACAAUUCAUCUAUUUCCUGGGCACCGGACAUUGAAGAUGACAAUGCCCAUUGUUUGGAAAUCAUAUUCAGGGAUGAACCGGGUGGCCUGGUGUACGAGGAGGAAGACUGUGAUUCGGAACAAUCAUUCAUCUGCGAAAAAGCCUUGUAA